CGGAUGAUGAUUUCUUGUGGUUCUCUUUUCUGGAAGGUCGGCGGCUCACGGAGAAUGACAAUGGUGACCGGGUGAGCAAAUGAGUAGCUGAGGAGGUCCGUAGUUCCGCCAAUGAAGGAUAUGUCAAGGGGCGGGAUCUAGACUCGAAUUGCGCACCCGCGGUGUAGGGUGUAAAUGAAGCUUUCUGGUACAAUCCUUGCAAGCUUGUGUGUGCACUCCGCAUCGUGCGUCAGGGGCUGCAUCGACGGUACCGCGCCGGGCAAGUCAAAACCGCUGGUUGAACACGCAGUUGACAUGCCAAGCCACUCCAUAUGGGCUUUUUCAGAUCGCAUCAAUAUAUUUCCCACACGGGCGGCCGGUAUGGUGAUCCCGGGACCCGACAAACAACCCUCUACAUCGUUUAUACAUAACAAUAUUCCGUUGGAAUAAGCAAAGGGGCGGGAGUUAGAACAUUGUGUUUAGUGAUAGAGAAACUGUGUGUGUGACC